AUGAACACACAACAAAAUGAAAAAAACAAAAAAUUUGUGCCGCGCUGCGACACAAUACCAUCCUCCGAGGAGGAUACCCUGCUGGCCUCCAGCCAAGAUACGGCUGAGUCAGCAAAGAGUAAGGGAAGUACCAGCCAUAGCACACCCUUACCAAGCAAGCAACAACAACAACAAACAGUUCUACCACAAGUAUCGAAAAAGGCGGCAGACGGCACUCAGAGAGAGAGUCAGGUCGCUAAAAAGCACAAAUCCGAGGGUGCUCUCAUGAAGUCUCGCUACACGAAGGCGAGGUUCAUUCUAAGCAAGAUUGCCAAAAAUGAACUCGGUGGAGCGACUGACGAGCGCGACGCGGCCGACAAAUUAAAAUACCAGCAGGUGGUUAAGGAGUACGAAGACUUCUUAUCCAAAAAACCUAAAGAAGACGACAGGAAAAAAGGCGAUGCGUUGAAGAGAAACAGGUCACAGGACGUAAUCGAUCAGGCACCGAAGAGACCUAAGGUGUCCAGCAGCAUCGAAGAAACAAAGCAACGACCGUUCAGUGAGGUGGUUAAGGAUAACCUCCUCUAUGCACUAAUCGAUGAAACCACAAACAGUGGCAAAGUGGUCCUGCAGAAGUGGGGGCAAGUGGAGGCCAAACUGUCCAAGCUCGUGCUAGACAAGCAUGUGGUUGGAGCACAGGGCGGAACUCUCCCUUCCUUCGAUUCUGCAGGAGUACUUCGCGGCUGCAGGGUCAUCAAGUGCGACGACGACUGGUCAAGGGUUGUCCUAGAAAGGUGUGUUGCUGAGAUCAGCAGCACACUGGAAGGCUUAAAACUUAAGCUAAUUCCGGCCAAGGACAUCCCUUGCCCUCCUCGCGCUCCCAUUUGGCUACCAGUGAUGGACUUGAGCGGUGCAGAAGUAUAUGAAAGUAUAUGA